AGUUUUCUCUUCCUCUUUCAGAGUGUUUUUUUUUUUUUUUACCCUCUCUCGCGCUGUUUGCUUGCUCGUUCGCCCGCCGUUUUUCCACUGCCUGUCAUACGCCGGCGUAGCAGCGCGUCAAGUUUGUAGUCCGCGAGAAAGCCCAUUUUUGAUUUCCGUUUCGAUUUCGCGGCGGUUUUAUUUUGGGCCCUCCGCUCAGUUUACUCGCGUCGUUGUUGUUUGUCAAUCGUCGAAACAAGCCUCUGGAAUAUUAGAAAAUGGCCGAAAACAGGGCGACGAAAUCUGGACUGGCUGCGGAAGCUCACAACAAGAUCCAGUCCAAGUAUGACCCCGAGCUGGCCGGCGAGUUGCUCAAAUGGGUGAAGGACGUCACUGGGGCGGACAUCAGUACGUCUGGGGACAUGGACAACUUUUACGAGACCCUCAAAAACGGCGUGCUGCUCUGCCAGUUGAUCAACUCCAUCAAGCCAGACAGCAUCCCGGAGAAGAAGAUCAACCAGACGAAGAUGGCCUUCAAGUGCAUGGAGAACAUCAACCUGUUCCUGCAGCAUGCCAGGGACAUGGGCGUCCCAGCACAGGAAACCUUCCAGACUGUUGACCUCUGGGAGAAGCAGAACCUGCUCUCAGUCUCCAUCUGCCUCCAGUCCCUGGCUCGAAAGGCGCCCAAGUUCGGAGUGAAAGGCAUGGGGCCGAAGGAGGCCGAAGCCAACGUGCGCAACUUCUCGGAAGAACAGCUCAAGGCUGGCCAGAACGUCAUCAGCCUGCAGUACGGGUCCAACAAGGGAGCUAACCAGAGCGGCAUCAACUUCGGCAACACCCGCCACAUGUGAAGCCCCCGCCCGUAGCGCCGCCAAAAACAAAUUGCCGUCGCUCCGCAAACCUCUGCCAAAUACACUCCUCGCAACAGAUGCUCCCCCUGGAGACCGGGGGAAGCUAUUUAUUUUUUACCUAAAGUUUUCGAGACGGAAGUGUUUGCAUAUGCGCGAGGGAAAAGAAGUUUCAUAAGAGUCCCUCCGCUCUUUCCUGCCUUUCAGGGCAGGCCAAGGUUCCUUUUUGCUUUUUGUUUCUUUUUCCGAAAGGUGUUUCCCCGGUGUUUUUACACUCCCGACGUCACAAACGUUUGUCGAGUCAAGUCGUUGGGUAACUAAUGGGUGUGGAUCGGAAGGAAAGAUGAAAGCUGUGGUGCAAUAUGCCUUCUAAUAUGCCAAUACUUCCCACUGUUGUAUGGAAUGCUGCCUUUAUUCUCAGUUUUGUUUGUUCCCAUCGAAGUUCUUCUAGGAAGUGCCAUGAAUUUUUCCCGAAACAUGGUGUAUUAUAACUCCUGUUCCAUUUAUGAAAAAAAAAAAAAAAAAAAAAAAAUUAUUAUUCUCAUAUGAAAAGACUGAAAAGUCAAUGUUGGAAAUGUGCAUUCCAUUGUAUUGGAACUUUUAUUAAAAUCUAGUGCUUUGUUUUAAA